AUGGCGUCCUCCGAUAUCCUAUCUCAGACUCUUCACACCAUCACAAGUGUGAAGCUUAGCCAGUUGGAUAAGCAGAAGGCUUCAUAUGAGUCAGGGAAGCGAGCCCUACUAGAUGAUGCGGCCUAUGAGACGGACAGUCGGAAAAGGGCGAAGCUCUUAGUCGACCGGGUCGAGAGGCUCCCUGCCAUGGCACCCUUGGACGAUGGCUCACUACUAUCCAUCGACAAUCUCAAGCGAUUCGUUCAGCAAGCCGAAUUUGACCCGUGCGUUUCCGACGACUUCCUCCACGACUAUGAGAACAGCGUACGCAACGAACUCGACGUUCAGUCGGCAAAAUAUCGAUACGCCGAACUCUACGGCAAACUCGUCAACGAAUGGAUCUCCGCCGGGAAGGCUGCUGGCCACGGAGCUGAGUCGGGAUUCGUGCCCGUGGGUAGGGAGGAGAUGCACCAACAGCGAGCGACGUGGGAGCGCUAUGUCUUCCAUGCGAAGGAGACGGAUAGCCUGGCCAUCAAAAGCUACCUCGAGAGCCUCUUCGUAUCAUCCUCCAAGGACAUUCACCGGGCAUUUCUGGAACUGAAAGAGAACGUCAAGAAGUUUCAGGACACGUGGGACGACAAGACGCACUUUGACGAGGAUUCUUUGAUGAACACCAUCCGCGGCCUCCUCCGGACGGAUACCCUCACGGACCAGAAGAGGACGACGCUCAACGACUUUCUGAACAACAAGGUCGUUCUGUGCGAGAUCGCCGAUGUGCUGAACAUGCGGAUGCAAACUCGGCAGAACUGGGCCUGGGACAGCGCGACUGAGGUCGACGUGCGACGGCAACUCAACGGACGCUACCGAUUCUACCCCGACGAUGACCUCCUACAGGCCAUCUUCAUUCACCACAUCGGCAAGCUGUGGGCCGUCAAGAUACGCGGGUUCCUCGUCGCGUUCCUCGAAAGCGCGGGCGUGGAAAAGGAUGCGACGAAGCCCAUGAGCAAGGAAGACGUUCGCCGCAGACGAUUCUUCCUGAAGACGGGGCCACGCAUUGAAAGCCCCGUUUCGGUGGAGAAGAAGCUCAAGCAGCACUUCAAGUCGGAGAUCCUGCUGGACCAGCUGCCGCAGACCUUGGCAGAGGAGCGAGGCGGCUACGGCUCGGACGGGAAGGAGAAGAAGGGGGACAGCCGCAAGUCGCACGUCGCCGUCGUACAGAACCUCUUGCACCUCAUGCAGUCCGAGAUCAUCAUGCAGACGCGGCUCGGGAGCGACGUGACCGUCAUCCGGUCCGAUCUAAAGUGGUUCGGCCCCAGCGUGCCGCACUCGUCCAUCUUCGCCGUGCUCGAAUUCUUCGGCGUCGACGACGAGUGGACCGGCCUCUUCAGGCGGAUGCUCGAGUGCCCUUUACGCUUCAGCGACGACCCGUCAGACGCGCCGGCCCAGAUCCGGAGGAGAGGCACGCCCCUGAGCACGCCCCUGGCGGAUUUCAUUGCCGAGACUAUGCUCUUCUGCAUGGACUUUGCCGUCAAUCAACGAGCCGAUGGUUGCCGCCUCUACCGGCUGCACGACGACAUGUGGCUAUGGGGCGGUCUCGAAACCUGCACCCGGGCGUGGGAGAGGAUGACUGAGUUUGUCAACCUCACAGGGCUGGAGAUCAACUGGGACAAGACGGGGAGCGUCAGGGUCGCCGCCGCCGCCGCCGCGCCCCCGGUAGCCGGGUCGAACCAACAACAGCAACAGCAACAGCAACGGUCCAUGCCUCCGGGUACGGGUGCUACGACGACGGCACGGGGUCGUCUGCCAUCAGGCGAUGUCGUGUGGGGAUUCCUCAAGCUCGAUCCGACGUCUGGGCGUUUCCUCCUGGACCAGGACAAGAUUGACGUGCACAUUGACGAGCUGCGGCUGCAGCUGGAGGCGUGCAGCAGCAUCUUUGACUGGAUCCAGGCGUGGAACAUUUACGGCGCUCGCUUCUUCAAGACCAACUGCGCCCAGCUCGCCAACUGUUACUCCCGGCAGCACGUGGAUAGCAUGCUAGCGACGUUCCACCGCAUUCAGGAGAGGCUGUUUGGCGCUGGCGGGGCCGGGGCGCACCUGAAGCGGCUCAUUGGCGAUCGAUUCGGCGUCGAGGACAUCCCUGACGGUUACUUAUACUUCCCCGUUUCUCUGGGCGGCCUGGGACUCCAGAACCCCUUUAUUCACCUCUAUCUGAUCCGCGACGACGUCAUCGAGGACCCCGACGACAUCAUGGACGACUUCCUGGCCGAGGAGGAGGCAGAGUACAGGCUCAAAAAGUCGGCCUACGAGGAAGACACUGAGGGGGCCGGCGGCGGCAGCGGGCCUGGCAGCAACCUCGACAUCUCCGGGGCCCGACACCACGCGCCGUGGCUUCUCGCGGACGACUACAGAGACCUACGGGACCAGCCGUUCAUGAGCUACGAGGAGUUCUCGCGGCACCGGAGGCGCACGUCGCCGGCCCUGAGCCGGGCGCUCGACAGGCUGCGGCACACGCCGGCCACCAAGGCGAUUGAGCUCAGGGGCGAGGUCGAGGCCGCGCUUAAGACCACGCCGGCGGGCUGGUAUGGACUCAGCGGCUACGAGCAGUGGGUGUGCGGGCUCUACGGCAAGGACAUGGUCGCGCGGUUCGGCAGUCUGGUUGUCGUGGACAAGGGGGUUUUACCCACGGGUUUGUUGGACAUGUUGAGGCAGAGCCGGUUCAAGUGGCGCGGCUGA